CGGGGGGCGGGACAAUGUCUGUGCAGGGGGCGUGGCCAGGCGUGGCCACGAGGUGGGAAGAGUGCGCGGCGUGGGGUACCUGCCUGUCCACCUGUUCCCCUUCUCGUGCGGAAGGGAAGUGAUGGGGUCUGUGAGUCUCGAAGUGGCACGUGAUGCCAUCAGAUCACAUGCUAUUGCACAUUGUUUUGGACAAAUUGCAUAUUUAGUUUUCCAGCUCAAAAUCUGUGUGCUUGAGCUGAUUUUCCAAUGAAGUACAUCCUUGUAACUGGUGGUGUCAUCUCAGGCAUUGGAAAAGGGAUCAUUGCAAGCAGCAUUGGCACUAUACUGAAAUCAUGUGGUCUGCGUGUCACUGCAAUCAAAAUUGAUCCUUACAUAAACAUAGAUGCUGGAACGUUUUCACCAUAUGAACACGGAGAAGUUUUUGUACUGAAUGAUGGUGGAGAAGUUGACUUAGAUUUGGGAAAUUAUGAGAGAUUCUUGGACAUUAAUCUCUAUAAAGAUAACAAUAUAACCACUGGAAAGAUAUAUCAGCAUGUUAUCAAUAAAGAAAGGCAUGGUGAUUACCUGGGAAAGACUGUUCAAGUUGUUCCACACAUCACUGAUGCAGUUCAGGAAUGGGUAAUGAAUCAGGCAAAAGUUCCUGUGGAUGAUGACAGAAAAGAGCCGCAAAUCUGUGUAAUUGAGUUGGGUGGAACUAUUGGAGACAUUGAAGGAAUGCCAUUUGUGGAAGCAUUUAGACAGUUCCAGUUCAAAGCAAAAAGAGAGAACUUCUGUAAUAUCCACGUUAGUCUAGUACCACAGCCUAAUGCCACUGGUGAGCAGAAGACGAAACCAACACAGAACAGUGUUCGAGCACUGAGAGGCCUAGGCUUGUCUCCAGAUUUGAUUGUCUGCAGAAGUGCAAAACCUAUAGAAAUGGCAGUGAAGGAAAAGAUCUCCAUGUUCUGCCACGUGGAGCCUGAGCAGGUGAUAUUUAUCCAUGAUGUUUCUUCCACUUACCGAGUACCAAUUCUGUUGGAGGAGCAAGGCAUCAUUAAGUAUUUUAAACAGAGGUUAAAUUUACCCAUUGAUGACCAGCCAAGCGAUCUUUUAAUGAAAUGGAAGAAAAUGGCUGACAGAUAUGAAAGGUUGCUGAAGGUGUGUUCCAUAGCUCUCGUUGGCAAGUACACAAAACUAAGUGAUUGCUAUGCAUCUGUUUUCAAGGCUCUGGAACACUCUGCACUGGCGAUUAAUCACAAACUGGAUUUAAUGUACAUAGACUCAACAGAACUUGAACGUUCUACGGAAGCGGAGAACUCGGUGAAAUACCAUCAAGCAUGGCACAAGCUAUGCAAAGCAGAUGGCAUUCUCGUCCCAGGAGGGUUUGGAAUUAGGGGAACAGAAGGCAAACUCCAAGCUAUCUCCUGGGCAAGAGCAAAGAAAAAACCUUUCCUCGGAGUUUGCCUGGGAAUGCAAUUAGCAGUUGUGGAAUUUGCGAGAAACUGUUUAAAUUGGAAAGAUGCAAAUUCUACAGAAUUUGACCCAGACACAAAAAACCCUGUUGUCAUUGACAUGCCAGAACACAAUCCUGGAGAUAUGGGUGGAACAAUGAGACUAGGGAAGAGGAGGACUGUUUUCAAAACACAAAAUUCUAUUUUAAGGAAACUUUAUGGUGAUGAAAUGUUCGUGGAGGAACGACACAGGCAUCGAUAUGAGGUGAACCCAGAAUUAACUCAUUGCUUUGAAGAGAAAGGUUUGAAAUUUGUUGGCCAUGAUACGGAAGGAAACAGAAUGGAAAUGAUUGAACUGCAGAAUCACCCAUAUUUUGUGGGAGUUCAAUUCCACCCAGAAUUUUCCUCAAGACCUAUGAAACCUUCACCUCCAUACCUUGGGCUGUUGCUUGCAGCAACUGGAACGCUUAAUGCAUACUUGCAGCGUGGAUGUAAAUUGUCUCCAAGUGAAAGCUACAGUGACCUCAGUGAUGACAGCUCUCCAGAGAAAGAGUUUCCUAAAUCAGAAACAAGCUAAAAUGGUUGUAUGAGAACACAGAAAUGGAUGAUGCUAUUGAGAAAGUUGGAAGGAGGUCAAUAUUGAAUGGAAGAAAGUGGAAGAGUAAGCUGCUUGAGAUCCUCAUGGUAUCUCCUCCUGUACUGUUUUCAAUAAUUCUCUUUAGCAAAACCUGUUCUGUAUAAAUGCUAUUUCACUUUAAAAAUGACAUAAACUGUUGUGCACUUGACUAUUAAUCAUUAUCGAUCUUGUCCUGUAUUUCAGAAUGAUCUCAGGUGAAUAUGUGUUAAUUCACUAGUUCAGUUAUUUUUGCUUUAAGGGAAGAUUUGAAUGUUUCUGCCUUAGGACAGUAAGAAAAAAUUCUUCUUCUGAAUGAGGAGGGAAUGCACAAAGUAAUUAAGGGGAAGUUGUUCUUUACUGUUCAUGGAUAAAACAGUUUCAGGUUUGCAUCUCUGUUAAGUUCAUUGUGUGUGUGUAUAUAUAUUACUUUUUUGCUGUUCAAUAUGUACAAAUAAGAAAUUGUUUCUGUUUCAGCUCUAUGUGAUUGUAAUAAUUGAUGUUGGAUACGCAUGUCUCUUCCCUUUAUAAGUGAUUCCUUUUGACAACAGUUCAAAACAGAUUUUUUUCUCUAUUUUCCCUGAAAAAUGUAAUGCUGAAUGUAAUUCCAACCUUCCAAACUACAGAAGUGAUAGUAGAAGGCGCUUUUGUAUUUACAUCUUAUAACAGAGAAAAGAAAUACUCUCAUAUUUUAAAAUGCAAGCUGUACACUUGCAUGAAGGUUGUAGAAGAACCAGUCAUAAACCUGGAGUGUAAUCCGGGAUCCAGCUGUGCAGCAUUAAUUUCAGUAAUUGAAUAUAAUGAUGAAUUAAAGUUUACUCUUGUUAUCUUGCAUCCAUUGAUCCCUCUGUUAUCAUGGGGCUCAUUCCCCGGUAGAAGAAAACAAUGUAUUUUCCUUUAGAAAUUGCAAGUUUACACCAUCGUGUGACAAGUGUAGGCUGCCCUUGCAAGGACAGCAGCCAGAAUCACUGAGAUGAUGAGACAUGCUGUACUGUGUAUAAGGCUGGAUCUCAUGAGUUGAGUGGCAACAACAGAAUUGUCACAGAAGCUGGACCUGUAACUGGUGGGGCCCAAAUGCCUGGGGGGUACCCCUUUCUUAUACAGAAAACUUUUAAUUGUUAGCUUUGUUUCACUUUGGUUUUGGCAAAGUGGCUUUUUUAAGUGAUCAAAAGGCUAGUACAAGGUUUAGGAGCACUGAAGUUAUUAGUACAAUUUGUUGGAAACAUGAAGGUUGGAGGCAGCGUUGGCUGCAUUGACUGUGAGAUGAGUGGAGUCUGGGAUCCUGUGUGGAGGAAGCAGGGCAAUAAGUAGGAUUGCAAACCUGGACUUCAGGUGAGAAAACUUUGGCCUCUUUCUGAGCUUGGAGGAAUCCUGUGGGCUUAGGGCCCUACAAGGUAGGUGUUUCAGUACAUACAGUUAAUAUUCAGGCAUCACUUCCUCCAUGCUUCAGAUUGGUGCAUCCCUAUGAGUCACACAAAGUGGGCAGAAGACUUGCAUGGAUGAGUAAGAAGCUCCUGGGUAAAUCCGGAGUACGUAAGUACGUAGUAUAUGGGGAAAAAGGGACAGGCCACUUUGUAGGAAUAUAAGAGCAUUGUUAGAGUAUGCGGGAAUAUGAUGGGAAAGGCUAAGGCCCACUUAGAGUUAAAUCUGGCAAGAGGAGUCAAGGACAGUGAGAAGGACUACUGCUACAACAGUAGCAAAAGGAAGAUGAGGCAAAAAUGUGGGCCCACUCCUGAAUGGGAUGGGUGCCCUAGUGAUGAAGAAUACAGAGAGAGCAGAGUUACUGAAUGUCUUUGCUUCAGUCCUAACUGCUAAGACCAGCAGCCCUAAGGAAUCCCAGACUCUGGAGACAAAAGAGAAAGUCUGAAGAAAGACAGUUUCCUGUGGUUAGAAAUCAUUUAAGCAAACCUGAUACUCACAUAUCCAUGUACUCCAGUCAGAUGCAGCCAUGAGUGCUGAGCGAGCUGGCAGAUGUUAUUGCUACGCUACUCUCUGUCAUCUUUGAAAGAUCAUGGAAAACUGAAGAGGUGCCCAAGGAAUGAAGGAAAGCCACUGUCAUUUGAGUCUUCAAAAAGAGCAAGAAGAAGGACCCAGGAAACUACAGGCCAGUCAGCUUCACCUCUGUUCCUGGGAAGCUGAUGAAACAACUUAUUCUGGAUGUCAUCUUUAAACAUGUGGAAGAAAAGAGUUAUCAGGAAAAAUCGGCAUGAAUUCACCAAGGGGCAUUCAUGCUUAACCAAUCUGAUAACCUUCUGAGAUGUCAUGACUGGCUGUGUAGAUGGGGAGACAGUAGUGGUUGUUGUCCACUUUGACUUCAGCAAGGUUUUCAAUGCUGUCUCCCAUAACAUCCUCAUAGGUAAGCUCAGGAAUUGGGGGUUAAAUGAGUAAUAACCAUAUGUAUUAGUACAGAUUAGGGGCUUACCUGCUGGAAAAGCAGUUCUGUGGACCUGGGAAUCCUGGUGGAAAACAAGUUAACCGUGAACCAACAUGUGUCCUUUUGGCCAAGAAGACAUUCAGAUUGCUGGCACGUCGAGGAAGGUUAUUCUCUGCCUCUGCUCAGCCCUGGUGAGGUUGUGUCCAAUUCUAGGUCUUCCAGAGAGAGUCCAGCAAAGUGGUGUAAAGAUGAUUAAGGGCUGGAGCAUCAAGGGAGCUGAACCUUUUUAGCCUAGAGGAGACUGAGAGGGGAUCUUAUCAAUGUAUACAAAUAUCUUAAGUGGGGAGUGUCAUGAGGAUGGGGCUGGACUCUUCUAUAGCACCCAGCAACAGUAUGAGAGGGAAUGGGCGCAAACAGAAGUUCCAUCUGAAUAUGGGGAAAAACUUAUUUACCGUGAAGGUGACGGAGCACUGGAACAAGCUGCCUGAGAGAGGCUGUGGAAUUGUCUUUUCUGGAGGUCUUCAAAACAUGCCUGGACAUGAUCCUGUGCAAUGUGCUCUAGGUGACCCUUCUUGGAGGCAAGGGAGGGGUUGGACCAGGUGAUCUCCAGAGGUCUCUACAACUUCAGCCAUUCAGACUGUCUGUGUAAAUAUCUGUACAAAAAUAAAAAGUACCAUAUCCCUUUUACAGCUUUGUAAGUUUGAGAGCUUUGCAUUGCUUUAGCAAUUCUUUAAUGGUAAAGAAGUAAGAAAUGUGUUCCUUUGGCAGAGAGUGUUUUAAAGUGAUCUGUAAAUAAGUGCCUUAGAAAUAGGAGAUAUUGACAGAAUUGGUAUCACUGUAGGUCUUCCCCUAUAAGAGAUACUGGCUACUGGUUUUUGAAAGGUGAAACGUUUCCUUGUUCUAUCUGCAAUGUUGAAAUGUAUAUUCAAAUAUAUUUGUGUUAUUCAGAAGCGUUAA